AUGGACUCGUUAAUGCUAUCAGUUUCUAGGCUUGCUUUCCGCAAACUUGUUCGCCUUUAUGACGUUGAUUGCUGUUACACACCUAUGAUUUAUGCAAAGAAUUUCUUAGAAUCUGAACAUUGUAGGUCCAGCGAAUUUUCCACAACACCAGAUGAUCGGCCUUUGAUAGUUCAGUUUGCAUCAAGUGAUCCCAUCAUUUUUGGUUCUGCGGCGGAACUAGUUUACAAGUACGCAACAGGUGUUGAUCUCAAUUGUGGUUGUCCUAAAAGCGAUGUUCGCGCGAAAGGAUUUGGCAGUUUUCUUUUAAAUCAGCCAGAGCUUCUCGCUGACAUCGUAAAACAGUGCAGAGCUCGUAUCUCCGAUCCAGAUUUUACAGUAAUCAUGAUUCCGCUUCUUUUUGCUUUUUUAAUGCAAAGCAUUUUUACAAUUCCCAAGCUUAUAUGGAUUUUGAAUUUUGGGGAAUCCUGGCUUAUUUCCUUGAAAAUUCGCAUACAAUAUCCUCUAGAAAAAACUGUGGAUUUGUGCAGGAAGGCCGAAAAUGCAGGAGUGUCUCACCUUACCGUACAUGGACGGACUCCUCAGAUGCGUUACGAAGCAGUAGAUUACGACGCCAUCCGUAUAGUCAAGGUAAGUUAUCUCCGCAAGAGAAUAACAGAA